CUGCUGCUCAUCACAGUCUGAUUUUCACCGCUGGAAAAGUCGGUCGGGUUUUCCCGUUGGUUCCGUUCCGUUUCGGUGCUGUAAGAUCCCCAUACUAUCACACACACGGUUUGUGCUCCGGGGGAGGUCAAUUUGAGGCAGUUUUUCGAAAGGUGCAAAUUUCGUGAAAAUUCAGUUCGAAUUGAUUGCUAAUUCAGCUGCUACUUAUCAAUCGUGCCUGGUGGAGGGUGUUUUGAUUAAUACGGUUUAGAUCAGAUAGCUGAGUUUACAAGUGAUGUAAGAAGUUGUGGAAAAUUCUUCUGCUCUACUUGGUUGUCAGCCAUUACGUUUUUUCUUCCCAGUGAAGGUUUUGUGGAGUGUGGAAAAAUUUCCUACGUAACAACGAGUGGAAAACGAGAGAGCUUCGUGUAUUUUGUUCCCAGAUGCCAGAAUAGGGAUGAGCAUUGCAACACGAUAGAGGGGUCAUUGCGAGGUCGUUGAAGCUCCUGAAUUUACAUUGAAGCUACGUCUGUGCAAGACGUUGAAGGAGUUUUCAUUUGCAAGCUGUAAAGUUAUCAUCGGAAGGGUUGUGGUUUUGAUUGUUAGAUUGCACUGUUUGAGUAGUAAAAUGGUUAUGUAACAUUCGUGGGUCAUGUACAUGUUCAUAUCGGCUGAGGGCUACUUAAACACAGAUGAGUGAAGUUUAACAGGAGAGUUGCACCGGGAUUUCCCACGGUUGUAGUGAAGACAUCGCAACAUUAUAGUAUUGGUGCCUCUCGAUGUGGGAGAACUUUUCAUUCAUAUGAUUUGACCACGUUCUAGAUUCAACUGUGGUCACUAUUUUCGGUCAACGAAAAAGUUAAAAGAAAACAGCUAGCGGUUUUCGGGUUUUAGUUGUGGUAAUUGAAAAGCUCCCACGUUAGCUAUAAAUAUUUGAAAAGUGUCACCAGCACGUGUCCUAAAGAAGAGCGCCCUUCAUGCUAACACCUGAAGCCGGAGGAACAUUCCGGCUCUUUCGUUCAAUUUUCGUUUGGCCAGAGCAAUCUGAAGCUGCAACUGCUGCAUCGCGGUGAAGGCGCACAUGUGCGGGCUACGUUUCAGAACUAGGAAUUCUCCGUCUCAGAAGACAUCCUUACGCUGGGGUGACAGCUGUUUCUCACAUUGAAUACAAUCACCGAUCACGGCCGCCAGUCCAUCACAACACCGGUCUCGGUCAACAGCAACGCGCACAGUUCAAUACACUACGCAUCCGCCGGAAUCCCACCACGCCAUUAUCCGCCAUUCGCAAAACGUUCUUCUCAUUCGCAAUACGACUGGUUGAUAAAUCAUAGUGUUACGCGGCACAUAUCAUUUUCGAACAUCUACAACAAGUUACAUUGUUACGUAAAGUGAAGAAAAAAACACACAGUGAAUUCCCAGAGCUAAAUCAUCCCAAGAGUGAUACAUUUCAAUCCCCUUGAGAUCGUUAGAAUUCAAGGCAAAAUGGCUGCUACCAAGAUUUUGUUGUUAAUUCCUAGUUCUAAGUGUACCGUUUUAAGGCGAAAUUAAUCUGUGAUGUGUUUGAAAGUAUUCAACAACAAAUGAAAGUUAUCUACUGGUCAGUAUUCUAAGAUUUAACAAUCCAAACUAAUUGCCCGUGGGAAGCAGAGGAAGCUUUCCGUGUUCUUUCUAGUCGCAAACCAUUCUACAGUUAGGGGGAGAAGGAGAAUCAACCAUCCCCACAUCAUCACUCUCGUGAUAUUGGCGCUGUUCAUCAGUGAAGUCAGCUCAACGUCAAUCACUCAACUUACCCGUUUACUAUGGACGUCAGAGGUUUGCAAAGAUCCUGUGAGCAUCAAAGCGCGAAAUCAUUGGAACAAUAAUCGGAACAAUAAAGCCAACGAGUCUUACUUAACAAUAAAAAUUACAUACAAGUAAAACCCGACACGGCGUAGAUGUAAGUUGUUUAAGAACACGACAUAAAACUUGCCAGCGACAAAUCUCAUCAUCAGAAGAAGUAUCUCCUGGCGAACGACAACCAAAAAAAAACAGAAACCCGAGAAAAAGCUAUAAAACAACUUCGCACACAAUUCUCUCACACCCGAGACAACUGUUCCGAGGAAGAAGUCAAACGCCCACGAUCUUGUUCGACUUAGACUUAGACGACACCCAGCAUCCUGACAAAAAAAGAAGAGCGUCAUAUCAACAUAGUCUACAUCGAGGCGUGUUAAGCUUUAAGUAUUUUUACAACACCGUCAGAAUAAAAGGUCCCGUAUAUCACUAAUUCUACUCCACACUCGCAUACCCACACUAAUUUUCACACAUCGAAUCUCAUAAGAAAAAACGUGAAACCCCUCCCACCCUCUACAAACCCGCCCGGAGCACUAAACAUCGUAGGAUCAGUCAGGAUAGGAUAGCCUGGAACUGGUGACAGAAACGGACUUGAGAAGUAAAAAGAUAGGUCAUAGCACACACCAGCGUGAGAAAGAAAAUAAAAAGUCCACCAACGUGACUAAUUGAGUGCAAAACGGAAACCCCCUAAAACUACUCUGGUGGUGGCUGUUGAUUCGGUUGAUAGAUUACGAUUAGAUCCAACCGGACCACCACACAUUUUCUCGGAGCAAGAGCUCGCGCCCGAAGAAGGAACGGGAAGAAACCAACCGGGUAAUAAUCAGCUCAGACAAAACCCCAGUCUUUGACCAAUCAAAAAGCAAAAUGAUCAACAUCGCCGGCGUCAUCAGCAUCGUGCUGUUCUACAUCCUAAUAUUGGCCGUCGGAAUAUGGGCCGGCCGGAAAAAGGAAGCCGGAAAUGAUUCGGAAGAAGAGGUUAUGUUGGCUGGCCGAUCCAUCGGGCUGUUUGUUGGAAUUUUUACGAUGACAGCAACAUGGGUCGGCGGAGGCUACAUCAACGGAACAGCAGAAGCCAUCUACACAUCCGGCUUAGUCUGGUGCCAGGCACCGUUUGGCUAUGCUUUAAGUUUGGUUUUCGGUGGAAUCUUCUUCGCCAAUCCGAUGCGAAAACAGGGUUACAUCACCAUGCUGGAUCCGCUGCAGGACAGCUUUGGGGAGCGCAUGGGAGGAUUGCUGUUUUUGCCGGCCCUGUGCGGUGAGGUAUUCUGGGCGGCGGGAAUUUUGGCCGCCCUUGGAGCCACCCUGUCGGUCAUCAUCGACAUGGAACAGGAGACCUCGGUGAUCCUGUCCGCUUGCAUUGCGGUUUUUUACACCCUGUUUGGGGGUCUCUACUCGGUGGCCUACACCGACGUCAUCCAGCUGUUCUGUAUCUUCAUCGGGCUGUGGAUGUGUAUUCCGUUUGCCUGGGCCAACGACCACGUCAAGAGCCUCUCGUCCAUGGAGGUGGACUGGAUUGGGGAAGUUGGCGAGGGCUUCCACUGGUAUUAUGCCGAUUACGGUCUGCUGCUGAUAUUCGGGGGCAUCCCGUGGCAGGUAUACUUCCAACGGGUUCUUUCCAGUAAAACCGCUGGUCGAGCGCAAGUUUUAUCCUACGUGGCAGCGUUCGGGUGCAUCCUGAUGGCUAUUCCACCGGUCCUGAUUGGGGCCAUCGCCAAGGCCACCCCAUGGAACGAGACCGACUACAAGGGCCCUUGGCCGCUGACCGAAACGGAAACCAGCAUGAUCCUGCCGAUGGUGCUCCAGUACCUGACGCCGGACUUUGUGUCCUUUUUUGGACUGGGUGCGGUUUCGGCCGCCGUCAUGUCCUCUGCCGAUUCAUCAGUAUUAUCGGCCUCGUCGAUGUUCGCGCGAAACGUCUACAGGCUCAUCUUCCGGCAGCGGGCCUCGGAGAUGGAAAUUAUUUGGGUGAUGCGUGUGUCAAUUCUUGUCGUGGGCGUUCUGUCCACCAUCAUGGCGCUAACCAUUCCCUCGAUCUACGGCUUGUGGUCAAUGUGCUCCGAUUUGGUGUACUGCAUUCUCUUCCCUCAGUUGCUGAUGGUGGUACAUUUCAAGAAGCACUGCAACACCUACGGAAGUCUGGCCGCUUACAUAAUAGCAUUCCUGGUACGUUUGUCCGGUGGAGAACCGAUGCUGGGACUGUCCCCGCUGAUCUACUACCCGGGCUACAAUGCCGAAACCAACAUGCAGAUGUUCCCCUUCCGUACGAUGGCCAUGAUCAUGAGUUUGGUUACGCUCGUCGGGGUUUCCUGGUGGACGAAAUGGGUGUUUGAAACGGGUCGUCUUGCCCCCAAUUACGAUUAUUUCCGCUGUGUGGUCAACAUCCCCGAGGAAUUGCAUCGCGUUGGAGAGCCUUCCGAUUCAGGCGAACAGCUUUCGGUGAUGGCUGGCGGUAUGACGCGCAUGUACGGCGCCGCCACGAUGGUCGGUAAGGACGAACGCAACGGCCGAGUUAAUCCGGCGCUGGAGGCCGACGACGAUUUGCCAGUGGAGGAAGCCAAGCGCCAAAUCCAGCAGCAACAGCAACAGGCGGCAGCAGCAGCUGGAGGCUACGGCGGUACAUCCGGUGGAGGUGGCGGUGUAUUGCAGGGUGGUAUUGUCCCCGGUGGAUAUUCCGGCAGUGGCCCGGCGCUGCAACAGGGCCACACAGCAUUUUGAAAUCCAAUGCAACAGCGGCAGUAAGAGAGAUUUAAGAUACAACUAACUACAGCCGCCGCCGUCGCCAAUGCACAGAAUUUUAAACGUUGACGUUAGUUUGCUCGUUGCGUUCUAUAGUUGAUAGCAAUGACAAAACACGACACCUACUCACACAGUUCUCAAAAUAUUGUAAUCAACUGUAAUGCUGAUUUCACAAGCGCUUUUUCGACGAUUAGUCGGGUAGUUUUCUAGUCUGGAACAGGUUUCCAUAUAUUGGGCGAGUUAUCAGAAGAAAAAAAAACAAAAAAUAUGGUCUAUCGAAGAUCGAAGUAAGAAAACUACAAGUAAACGAUACAUAUCAAAGGAUGAAGUUAGUGCUUUUUGUUCUACAUAUCCAAUUAAUGCAACAGAAACAUAUCAAGCAACAUGCUUUAAAAGAAUGAAAUAAGUAAAAAAAAUCGUACUAUUAUUAGCAAACUUCUACAUUAUGCAUAUGAUAUACUCUAAUGUAAAAGUGAGGUUGAAAGUGUUAACUAAUGAUGGGCGAACGCGAGGAAGUAUCAUGGUAAUAAGCAUUAGAUGAAGGCGUAAAUCUUUUGGUAUUUUGUGUAUGUUUUCUAAUUUUAAAAUAUAUUUGGUUGACGAGGUUCAAGACAGAAGAUUUUAUUGACAAAUCUCAAUGGAUAUUUUAAGUUGACUCAUUUAAUUAUAAUUCUUGAAUCUGUGCAGAUAUAGCAUUGGAAAUGAAAGAUUAUUGUAUGUGUUUUUUGUUGUUGUUUCGAUUAUAGUCGUUUUAUCUCCUUUAUGACAUUCGCGACUUUAUCAACGUUGCAGUUGGCGGGUUGUUAUUGAAAAACUUAUCCGGUACAACUGUGUUCGAUGUUUACUCUUGGGCUCGAGCUCACGGACAUCGGCUCAGGAAGCAACUUGUUAACUGAGCUAUAUCACAAGCCCGUUGUAUGUGGCAAAUCAGAUAUUGAUAUGAAAAUGCAUACAUACUUUGAAUGCUCAGGAUGAAAAUAAAAAAUGCGAAAUUUUGUUUCUUCAAUUUUCACCAUCAUGGAAAGAAAUCGUCUUCAAAACCAGCGUUGAUUAAUAAAUGUUUUAAUGUUGAGCAAUGAUGAGCGCAGAACACACAUUAACAUACAAAUUUGUUUUACGAAGCAGUUUUAGAACCUACACACCUACAUACGCAGUAUAGGAUUUAAAAAAUCUCAAAAGUUACUGAUCAAUCAAUGUCUGCAAAUUUUGUGGAUUUAGGGAAAACUAAUUUUUCAUAGCAGGCCUUGUUGAAUACAGACGUUUUUUUCAAUCUGUUUCGGAACAUUAUGUAUAUUUCGGUCCAACGCCGUUUUGCAUAAAUUCAUUUGUGAAGUGAAAUUGUAAAAUCAUAAUAAAAACAUUUGGCAUAAUGAUCAUUUGGCAUAAAAUUCGUUUGGCAUAAAAACACCAAAGCAUAGAUCUUUUUGCAUUGACGAGCUUCUAGGUUUAUUCUUAGCCCUAGGUUUCGAGGUCUACCAAUAGCUAGAGACAGUCCCUUUACAUCAUUUUUGUUCGAACGUGAGGAGGCUUUUUUGUUGUUUUGAACCAUAUUUUGAGAACGGCCCCGUUUUUUAGUGAUUUAUUAGGUUAUUUGUAGUUGAUUGCAUUUCGUCUUUUUUAAUUAAGUCAGUUUUUUUACCUAUCAAAACAUACUAAAAGAAAAUGUAUAUUCAUUUAUUUUUAUGCCAGAUGACAUUAUGCUAAACGAAAAUUAAGGCAAAUGAUCAUUAUGCCAAACGACCAUUAUGCCAAACGACUUCAUACCAAACGAUAUACUAUCGUAUAUUAGGUAUAUGUUUGUUGGAAAACAGUUACUUUUAUGUUUUGAUUUCGUGAUAUUUUGUGAGUGUUAAAAUUUGUGUUAUUUUUUAAGAUUUCCAACAAAAGAGUUAUAAAUUCGCAACAGUUCUCAUCCUCAUAUCGAAAUAAAAUAAUAAAUUUUCUAUCAUCGAGGUUAUGUAACGAUGGGUAAAGGUGUGAUAGACAGUAUUUUUGACAGUGGCUUAUGGAAAUGUUAUCUAUCAAUUUUUUUUUUUUUUUUAGGUUUUAUUUUUGACACUUUACCAGCAUUAUGGCAUUCGUGUCUAUCCUAUCAAUAUAAUAUGUUGGCGGAGUUAGAGUUUUGUGUUUUAUAAGAACAAUGAUGAUUAAUAGUUUUUAAAAGAUCAUCUGUAUCAAUCAACCAAAGCGGUACAAAUUUCUUGUUCAGUGCUCAGAGUUUUAUUUGUUGGUUCUUUCAUUGUUAUGAGUAAAUCAAUUGUUACAGAUGUUUUAUUUUAUAGUUCAUUUAAACCCCUAGAGCUAUCCAUCAGACGGAAGAGUGAGAAAGGAACAGACAGAGUUGUUGCUUGUUAAUUCACUUGGAACCUUGCAAGCUUUAAAUCUUAAACAAGAAAAAUCUUUAAUGAUCGUUGUGAACUCAAAUCGUUUGAACCUAAGCUGGGCUUGCAUUUAUUGAAGUGAAAAUAUUCGAACUACAUAUUGUGAAAAUCAUUCCAAUGGUGCUAGGAUAAAAUAUAAAAAAAGUACAUUCUGUCCAUUGUAUGAGCUGUCAAAAAGUGUUAAAGUGAGCAUAUUUUUGGUUCAACUCCCUACAUACAUUUUAAUUUCUGUAAAUAGAUUUAUUUGAAUAUGAGUUUUUUUUUUUCGCAAUGAUGGUUUUUCGAGCGAGUUGUGAAGGGUGGUGGAUCACAAAUCUUAUCAAAAAGACAGAUACGUGUAUAGAUUAUAAGAAUUCUAAAAAUAACCUUAAUAGAACUGAUUAUGCAAAAAACGAAAGAAAAAAAGUAUGAUAAAUUGUAGAAAUAGAACAAAUGUAUAUUGAAACACAAAGGUUCCCACUUAAAUGAAACAAACAUAAAAUAGAUGUUAUGUGUAAUGAACUUCUACAAGUAUGUUAUGUAAACGGAGGCAAUUACAUAAUUAAUCAGAAAACCCAGUCAAUGAAACAAUUGAAACCUAAUACAUAUCAAUGGUGACCUUCCAUAAGAAAAUAGAUUAAAUUAUAAAAUGCAACAAUCCAUGGAAGAAUCCCUUAUUCCAACAGAAACAGAAAGAACCGAAGAUUGAAAACGAGGGAAUAAAAAAACCAUAUAAAUGUUUUGAAGUUCUUCGUGUGUUUUGAAUGUUGGAAUCAAUGGAAUAUAAACAAUAGUGAAGAGCCCUUCCCCAAAAAAUAAAAAUAAAAAAGAAUAAAAGAUUUCAGUCUGACGUAAAACGCCUUGGUGUAGAUUACUAGUAUUUCAUGUAAAACAUCGAUAUUGCAAUAUCAUUGAUCACCUGCUUAGUUUUUCUUUGUUUUUAAAGAUCGAAUCAUUAGGUAACACAAAUUUCAGUUGCAGCUGUAAGCAAAUAAGAGUAAAAUUUUGAUUCACUGCAAAUUCUAUCACGAGAGGAUUCAAUUGAGAAUUCUUGAUUUAUUUUUAAUUAAACCAGUAUUCAAGACAUCGAUUAAAACUUGCUAUCAACAAAUACCAUUCCUUGAAAUAGCUGUUUUCAUAUGUUCGAAAAUAAUAUUGUUUGAAUGAAUGUGAUUCAUAGAUUCCAAAACGAUCAAUCGGUUUUACUUGUUCCAUUUGGUUUUAUUUUCAAAUUCUUGAAAAAAUCCACUCCGAAUGUCCUUUUAAUGGAGAAUAACACAGAUUCUAUCCGACCAGUUGAGAGGGUUCAACCAUGGUAUUUGUUAUUUUAUGUGAAUCAAUGACGUGUGUGUCUUAUUCACAACGCUCCGUUGAAGUUCACCGAACACUUCUUCUUGGGACGGCAGUUUUCGUCUGACGUAUCGAUGUCAUCACAUUAAUUGUUACUGAUAACAUUAUUCUGAGACUAAUGAACUCAUACAUAUCAUAAUGUGCUACACAUGAAAAUUGAACGAAAUGCAAUUAUAAAUAUACACAUAUAUACAACACACCCACGCAUGAACAAACAAAAAAUAUACAUAUAUACAUACACACGAAGGUGAAGAAAUUGCUAAGAAACCAAAAAUAUAUUAGAUCGAGUAAUCGCAAAGCAGAGCAAAUAUAUACAUACAACAGAAAGAGCAAGGUCACAAAAAGUGUGAAUAUACAUACACAUUUACUAAUUGGGGGAGGGGGGAAAGUUCCUACAGGGAACAGAAUGAUGCGAUUAACUACUAUGUACGCGACAUAAAUUAUAUUGUAAUUAUUAGAAGUAUGUAUACAACAACAAAAAAAUACACCCAUGAACACGGCAAUUAAAAAAAAACAAAACAGCAUUAGACGAGCUCUGUAGAAUUAUGUUACUAUACCUACAUAUGUACAUAGAUGAUUGGUUAUGAGCACGAACCCAUAAAGUUUGAAUGACAUAGGGAAACCGAAGGCCGUAAGUUGGAGCUAUAUAGGAUUUGUUGAAGAAACAUCGGAUGGUGCAAGUUACAAAGUGUUGGCAUUGUACAGUGAAGAAAAGAUUUUAAAACACGUUGAGUGAUGGAAGAAGGUGGAAAAGUAUAAGCGAUCACGUUUUGUCGGAAGCAAAGAGACGGUUUAUGUAUGUUUAUCAUAGCAAAACAAAAACAAACUAAAAUGCAUCUUUGCAUUGGAGGAAACGUUUCUGAGAAGCCUAUCGAGCAUAAUCAUACAAUUUUAAGAAAUAAGAAACAAUUCCAAACCAAACAUAUACACUAUACACGAACAAGAACACACAACUAAACCACACAAUAAUUAAAAAUGAAGGGCAAAUGUAAACCGAUACAUAUCAUCCAAACUGUAAUAGGACUUUAAAUUGUUGUUAUAAAGUAUUUAAUGAGACAGGAAAAUACAAAUAUAUAUAAUAUGUAACAAAGA